GUUUCCGUUCUUUUAUUUUAGUUGCCUUAUACCUGAAAUAUUUGGCUUAAUUCAGUUGACGACAAUCACUUUUUUUAAACUCCAAAGAUGCAACUCUCCUUUCUGGGAUUGUCGCCCAUAAAUUAGAAGGGGGAAAAAAAGAACAAAUUCUCUUAAAAUUUCGUUUGGGGCCGAACUUGUUUGCUUCAGUAGAGUGCUCAAAUUGAUUCGUUUUGGGUAUUCGUCGUUCUUGUUUUCGAUUGCUCUGAGGAUGGUUUGCUUGGUUUCUCGCACGGGAAGGCACCUGCAGCGAUAUGAUAAUUUGGGCCGCCGCCAAGUUGUCGGGUGCAUUCCUUAUAGAUUCAAAUCUAGCAGUGACGGAACCAUUAGUAACGAAUUGGAAGUUCUUGUAAUCUCUUCCCAGAAGUGUCAAAAAAUGAUGUUUCCCAAGGGUGGUUGGGAGCUUGAUGAAUCUAGAGAAGAAGCUGCAUUAAGAGAGUCACUCGAAGAAGCUGGUGUUCUAGGCAUUGUUGAGUGUGAAUUGGGGAAAUGGGACUUCAUAAGCAAAAGCCAUGGGACAUUUUAUGAAGGUUACAUGUUCCCUUUGCUUGUGAAGGAAGAGCUUGACCUCUGGCCCGAGCAAAACCUAAGACAAAGGACUUGGAUGAAUGUUAAGGAAGCAAGGGAUGUAUGCCAGCAUUGGUGGAUGAAGGAAGCUUUGGACAUAUUGGUUGAAAGACUCAACUCAUUGAAUGAGCAAAAUGAACACAAAUUCCCCAAUUUGUGCACUGAUAUAGUGGCAGCAAAUAUUGCCACUUUGUAAAUAAUCUCUUGUUAAAAAGAAGAGAGGGUGGAGCUAAACAUUUGUCAUGGGACAGGUCAACUAUGUUGACUAACAAGUACAAUCAUUCACUCACAGCUGGGUAAUGUUGGGAAAA